UUUACAUUGUACUUAGAGAGAUUUUCAGUAACAUAUCUUUAGAUUUGGAGUACAAAUAUAGAGAGUAUGCAUUUUCAUGUGAAUACUUACCUCCUUACAAAAAGAUAGUAUCAGCUACAUUUUUUAUGUAUACAUAUAAUUUCUUCUGGCCAAAACAAAAAGUUAAUAAUCUGAAAAGUCUACAUGUUUACUCAGGUUUUUAGUGGAAUCUUCUCUGUAGGUUAAAAAAAGGUGUGGUUGUUUUUGUAAAAGCCAACUCAUACAUCUCAAAGUUCAUUGGAUCUAAACGUCAAAUCAAAUUCACUAUGGCCACUUAUUCUCUUAUAUCGUCCUAUAAAUACGUGUUGUUCUGACUUUAUGUCUUCAUUCAAUCAACAUUAUAACAAAUCCGAUCCCCCAAAGCAAGCCUAAGCUUGUCAACACAUACCCACAAUCUCAUCAGUACCAUCGAAACGUUUUUAAUCUUUCAGACUUAUUAUUUGUUUCUUCGUCUGAAUUCUUAAAGAAGCAAUCGAGAUGGCCCGAAUUUCUUCAGACCCGCUUAUGGUUGGGAGAGUGAUUGGAGACGUUGUGGACAAUUGUUUGCAGGCAGUGAAAAUGACAGUGACCUAUAACUCCGACAAGCAAGUCUACAAUGGCCAUGAACUUUUCCCUUCUGUGGUUACAAACAAACCUAAGGUUGAAGUUCAUGGGGGUGACAUGAGAUCAUUCUUCACUUUGGUCAUGACUGAUCCUGAUGUUCCUGGACCUAGCGAUCCUUAUCUGAGGGAGCACUUGCACUGGAUUGUUACGGAUAUCCCAGGGACAACCGACGUGACAUUUGGAAAGGAAAUAGUAGGGUACGAGAUGCCUCGGCCAAACAUAGGGAUCCACCGGUUUGUGUAUUUGCUUUUCAAGCAGAACUGUAGAGGAAGUGUGAUUUCUGUGCCGUCUUACAGAGACCAAUUCAACACUCGAAUGUUUGCACAUGAGAACGAUCUCGGCCUCCCCGUUGCAGCUGUUUUCUUCAACUGCCAGCGUGAAACCGCUGCUAGACGCCGUUGACUGAGGGCCUGACUGGUUUAACCGCAGCGGUUGCGGUUGCGGUUGCGGGAGUUUGCGGAUGCGGGUGGUUGCGGUUUCUAGCGGUUUUAAGAGAUUUGUACGACUGGUUAUGCGGUUAAAAAUUGGUGUGUUUGCGGGAUACUUAUGACUGGUUAACUACCAAGUGCAACAGCGGUUAAAUAAUAAAUUAACAAUAUUUACAUUUUA